AUGAAAUAUGAAGAGCAGGAGAUAAAUAGGGACCAAAGUCAAAAUCACAAUGAGUUAGACAAUAUAUAUGAUAUAUUUUUAGAUAAAAUACGGAAUCAUUUAUUAGAUUCAUCACCUGAAGUCAUAAAUUCUGCUGUUGAAGUACUACUAGAAUUAUUAAGUUCAAAUAUUCAAAUAACGACGAAAAGAUCGGAGAUUAAUCAAAUACUAAACAUAUCUAUUCAAAAUGAAGAAUUAAGUGAUUUGAUAAAUCUAGCAAUUCAAUACCAAAACAUUUUAUCAAAACAUAAAUCAUCUGACGAAACUGAUGUUGUAGCAGUUGAGAUAAAUGAGUCAGAAGAUGAGGAUGAGGAAGUUGAAGAAAUUGAAUCCGAGCAUGAAUUUGAAGAGGAGGGAAAUAAUGUAAAAACAUUUGAUUGGAGAAAUUUACUGAGUGAAGAAAGAGCAGAUGAGAUUUAUAAUUUAUUGCAAAAUAAAACUAUGUCUGAUUCAAAACUAAAUAGUGAACUUCGACAUCUUACAGGAGACUUUCAAACUAUCAUCGACAAUAGAUGGAGAAUAGUAUUUUCAAAAAGAUUACAAACGGAAAACAGAGAAGAUUUAUUUAAAGAAAUGCAGGAAAUGAAUUUAACUUAUUUGAUACUAGACUACAUAGAUAUUCAAACUACUAUAAAACGACUACAAAGUAGAAAAAUACCCGAGACUUAUGAAAAUGAUUUAAAAGUUGCAUUACCGAAAGGAACUUUUCAAGAAAAACUACCGAAAUAUGACAUUAUUACAAUUCCACCAAAUACUACACCAACAGAAGAAAUUGAAUUAUUACCAAUUACGAAAUUACCAGAAUGGGCAAGAGAAGUUUUUCCAAGCAAUGAAACUACUACAUUUAAUAAAAUUCAAUCUAAAAUUUUCCCCAUGGCUUUUGAAAGUGAUGAAAAUUUAUUGAUUUGUGCUCCGACUGGUGCAGGUAAAACAAAUGUUGCAAUGUUGACGAUGUUAAGAACUAUCGAUAAUUAUAGAAGUAAUCAUAUACGGAAAGAUGAAUUUAAAAUUGUUUAUAUAGCACCUUUGAAAGCAUUGGUACAAGAACAAAUGAGAGAGUUUCAAAGAAGAUUGACUUCAGUAUAUGGAUUAAUUGUGAAUGAAUUGACCGGUGAUUCAUCAUUAUCAUUGAAACAAAUACAAGAAACAAAUGUAAUUGUUACAACCCCAGAAAAAUGGGAUAUUAUUACUAGAAAAAAUCAUGAAUAUAUAAAAUUGGUAAAAUUAAUUAUUAUUGAUGAAAUUCAUCUAUUGCAUGAUCAAAGAGGUCCAGUGUUGGAAGGUAUUGUAUCAAGGGUACUACGAAGUGGAGAUGAUGUAAGAAUUGUUGGGUUAUCAGCAACAUUACCUAAUUAUCAAGAUGUAGCAAAAUUUAUUGAAGCUGGAGAAAAUGGUGUUUUUUAUUUUGAUUCUAAUUAUCGACCAUGUCCUUUGGAACAAAAGUUUUUUGGUAUAAAGGAACAAAAUGCAGUUAAGAAAAAAACAGCAAUGAAUGAAGCUUGUUAUGAUCAAACUUUAAAUGUAUUAGAACAAAAUCAACAACUUAUAAUAUUUGUCCAUCUGAGAAAUGAAACAUUUACAACUGCUGAAUAUUUAGUUGAUACUAUUAGUAAUGAUUAUAUAAAUGAAACAUCAAAAGAAAUACUACUACAAGAAAGUGAAAGAGUUAGUAAUAAUAAACUUCGUAAAAUUAUGGUAGCUGGUUUUGGUAUUCAUCAUGCUGGUUUAACUAAAGAAGAUAGAACUUUAGUUGAAGAUCUUUUUGCUCAAGGUCAUUUAAAAGGACUUGUUUCUACUGCUACUUUAGCUUGGGGUGUUAAUUUACCUGCUCAUACCGUCAUAAUAAAAGGAACUGAAAUUUAUUCACCAGAAUUAGGUGGAUGGACUCAAUUAUCACCACAAGAUAUUUUUCAAAUGCUUGGUAGAGCUGGUAGACCUAGAUAUGAUAAGAAUGGUGAAGGUAUUAUUAUAACAACACAAGACAAAAUUCAAUAUUAUCUAGCUGUUUUGAAUCAACAAUAUCCAAUUGAGUCACAAUUGAUGACCAAAUUAAUUGAUAAUGUCAAUGCUGAAAUUGUUGCUGGUACAAUAAAAUCACUCGAAGAUGGUAUUGAUUGGUUGGGUUAUACAUAUUUGUUUGUAAAAGAUCAUCCUGAUAGAUUGAAUUUGAUACAUGCAGCCUUCACAGUCUUAUUUCAACAUGGGUUGAUUUUAUGUGAAAAAGACAAAGUUAGUCCUACUCAAUUAGGAAAAAUUGCUUCUUAUCACUACAUCAGUUAUGAAACAAUUAGUAAAUAUAACAAUUUAUUGAAAUCAUGGCAUACAGAAAGUGAUGUAAUUAGAGUUUUUUCUCAUUCUGAUGAGUUUCAAUUUAUACCAGUGAGAAGGGAAGAAAGAAUAGAAAUAAACAAAUUAAUGGAACAAUGUCCUAUACCAAUUAAAGAAUUACCCACUGAACCUUUAGCUAAAGUUAACAUUUUGUUACAAACUUAUAUCUCCAGAUUGAGUUUGGAAGGAUAUGCUUUGGUCUCUGAUAUGAUAUAUAUUAAACAAUCAGCUGAUAGAUUAUUACACGCACUUUAUGAAAUUGCAAUUAACAAGAAAUGGUCUUCAUUAGCUAAGAUUAUAUUAAAUUUAUCAAAAAUGGUGAAAAAUCGACUAUGGAUUAGUGAUUCUCCUUUGAGACAAUUAUCAGCACCUAACUUUAUAAUAAAAGCUUCUGAAUCAUCACAUUUACCAUGGUAUCAAUACUUUAAUUUACCCACUGAGGAAUUAGCUGAAAUUUUAAAUCUUAAAGGAAAUCAAAUUGGUGAGUAUAUGAAAAAAUUUCCAAAAUUAGAUAUAAAUUAUACAGUUCAAACUAUUGAUAAAUUUUUAUUAAUUAAAGUUGAAAGUAUACCUAGUUGGGACAAUGGGGUUGAGCCAUUUGCUUUAUUUUUGGACGACUGUGAUGGUAAUUUGAUUCAAUACAAAGAAGUAUUGUUGAAUGAGCAACCUCAAAUAUUUGAAUUUUAUGUAUUGAAUAAUGACUUACCAAAUUUGAUGGUUUCAUUUGUAAGUACUAAAUGGGUUAAUUGCACUUGGAAACGUUCAUUGGUAACUGAUGUAAUACAUCCCAAAGACAAGACUUUUUUCACUGAAAAGACAUCAACCUAUGAUCUUUUAACUGCUGAAGAAAAUGCAUUUAUUGGUACAAAUCAUGGGAAAACUAAAAUGGUUGAAGAUGCUCUUGAGAAUGAUGUCAAUGGAAGAAUUGUUUACAUUGGUUCUGAAGAAGUUGGAGCUCGAUUGAUAGGUGAUUUAAAGAAAGAUAUUAAAAUUUUCAAUCGUAAUAGAGUUAUAUCUUCUUCACCUGCUCAUUUCUAUGGACUUAUUAGAAGAUGGAAAAAUUUAAAGGAUAUAAAAUUGUUUAUUUUUGAUGAUUUACACUUGAUUGAAAGUGAACCAACUUAUGAAUUUUUAAUUACAAGAAUCAAAAUUUUAUCUCAAGAUAUUAGGAUUAUUGGUAUAUCAUAUCCCUUGAUUGAUGCUCGUGAUAUGGGUCUGUGGUUAGACGUAUCAAAAACAGAUAUCAUUAAUUUUGCUGCUUCUGAGAGAGAUGUAAAACUUGAGGAAAUAAACUUUAAUACAAAAAUGGGACCAAUUGAAGGAAAGUGUAUAAUUUUCACAGCACCUGAAAAUAUCAAUAAUGUAAAGGAGAGUUAUCAAGAUGCAUUAGUUACUACUCGAAAAGACCUAUCUUGUCCUAAAUCAGAAUUGGUGGUUAUUGAUGGAACACAAAUUUUAGAUGAAUUUGGAUAUGUUGAUUACGGUAUUGUUGAUAUAUACAAUAUGAUUGAUAAAAGCACCAAAAAAGUUUCAAUUACUACAUCCUCAGAAAUGAUUGAAUAUUAUUCCUCCUUUAUUAAUACUGGUAUAGUAGUUGAAAGUGCUUUAGCUACAUCAAUGUAUGAGUUUUUUAUAGAUGGCAUUGUCAAUAAACUUUUAAAAGAAAGACAAGAUUGCAUCGAUAUUUUGACACAUACUUUUUUUUACAGAAGGUUGAUUAGUAACCCUAGUUAUUAUGGUUUGAAAAAUGUCUCAUCAUUGGGAAUUUCUGAAUAUUUAUCUGGUUUAAUUGAAGAUACAUUAGAAGAAUUAGAAAGUAAUGAGUUUAUUGAAGAUAUGCAACCUUUAAAUAAAGCAUUGAUAGCUUCACAUUACAAUUUAUCAUUUGAUACAUUGAAUUUAUUAAGUAAGCUUGGAGGUAAAAGUAAAUUGAAAGAAAUUUUGUUGACAAUUAGUAAAAUUUUACAUGUACCAGUCCGAACUGGUGAAGAAACAAUUUUGAAAAGUAUAUCUCGAAAAAUGCCAAUGAAAGAUUUUGAUAAGACAUUCAUAUUGAUUCAAGCUUAUAUUUCAAGAAUUAAAAUUCCCAAACAAUUGGAACAAGAUCAAAUAUCAAUUAUUGAAAAAUUGACCAAAAUUUUAAAUGCUUGUAUUGAUGUUUUAUCUGGUGAAGGUUUGUUAAAUGCUAUGAUUGCAAUGGAUAUUAUACAAAUGAUUAAUCAAAAAGUUUGGUCUUUUGAUACGAUUUUAAAGCAAAUACCGAAGUUUAAUGAACACAUUUUAUCAAGAUGUAAAGAGCAUAAUGUUGAAACCGUCUAUGAUGUUAUGGCAUUGGAAGAUGAUGAAAGAGAUGAAGUUUUACAACUAUCGGAUGAUGACUUGAAUGAGGUUGCUAUGUUUGUAAAUCAAUAUCCAAAUAUUAAACUUAACUAUGAAAUUGAUGAAGAAUUAAUAAUAAGUUUGGAAAGAGAUGAAGAGAUGGAAUCUUUGAUUGUUCCUAAUACUGGUAAAGAAGAAUAUUGGUGGUUAGUUAUUGGUAAUGCUUCAACAAAUCAAUUAUUUGCUAUCAAAAAGGUUCAAUUACCACAUUUAGAACAAUCUUUUAAAUUUGAAGUACCAGAUGAAGAUUUUACUUGUUGGGCGAUUUGUGAUUCUUAUUUAGGAGUUGAUAAGGAAGUAAGUAAAAGGUAA